CGCAGCUUCCAUUCGGCCUUUGAGCAGCCCAGAUCAGCAGCAUCUUACUCCCGUCUCGCCCGGCAGCCAUGUCCAGCAAGAACUUUUUCGCCGCCCUCGACUCGGAUGACGAGGACACGCCUCGUGUGAACAAGAAGGUCACGCCGCCGCCGUCGGCCCCUGUGGCUCUGAACAAGCCCGCCGCUGGUAACAAGAAGUCUGGCAACAAGAAGGCCCCCGCCGGCGACAAGAAGGAGUCGCGCGGGCCACGUGAGGGCGGCCGUGCCCCGCGUGAGCGUGGCGAGCGUGGCGACCGUGGCCGUGGUAACCGUGGCCCUCGUCGCGAGUUUGAGCGUCGCAGCGGCACGGGCCGUGGCAAGGAGGCCAGCAAGCAGGGUGGUGGUGCCCGCAACUGGGGCAACAAGGCCGACCCUAACGAGCAGCUGGCUGAAGCCGCCGUUCAGGAGGGCGCCAAGCCCGCCUCGGACGAGGAUGCCACUGAGGAUGCCGCCGAGGAGGAGGAAGAAGAGGAGGUUCAGCUCACCCUCGACGAAUACCUUGCCAAGCAAAAGUCGUCUCGCUCGGGAGAGCUCUUCGCGGACGUGGAGGUGCGCCAGGUGACCAACGAGUUCGCCACCGCUGCUCAGAUCACCAAGGAGGGUAAGACCCCUGACUUUAUGGACUCGCAGUACGAGAAGGUGUACAGCAAGAAGACGUCGGGCCGCAAGAAACAGGUUAUCACCGACGUGGGCUUCCGCACCGAGAAGCCGGAGCGCUUCUCGCGUGACUUGGAAUCGUCGCGCGGUGGACGUGGCAACCGUGGUGGCCGUGGUGCUCGUGGCAACGACCGCACUGGUGGCCGUGGCGCCCGUGGCGCUAACGUCCCGAACGUGACGGACAUGAGUGCUUUCCCCAGCCUCGGCUAAGGGAUUGCGCUGCGACCAACCGGAAUCGCGCGCCCUUGAGCGCCAGCGACAUGAUGAGUGAGAUCUUCCAAAAGAGGGCUUCUCGAGGACUGGUUUGGCUAUCUCUUUUUCUCCUUUUUCCUCCCACGAAAGAUCCACCGGAUAGGGCCUCUGCGCGGCUGGUGUCUGCCUGACUGUGUGUAUCUCCCUCCUGCAAGCAGCCAGCCGUCGUGCGGAAAGUUAGAGAAAUUUUUGUUAGCGUGAACUCGGUCUUCUCUUUGGUAUUUCUAUUAUUCAAUGCAGCAGGCUGGGCUUUAUGCGAACGAAAAUAUCGAUGUUGUCAUCCACGCGAGUUGCGUUGUUUCCCAGUAUCUGAUCAAGUGGAACUUAACAAGUAUCAACACACAACAUGUUACGGUGUCCUGCACUACGACACUCCUGUCGUGCAUUACUCAAACUUUUCGUAGAGUGCAGUAGCAGCCCUAGGACGGCGCGGUGAGCCGCCCGAUAAAGAGAUGCUUACCACUGGUAAUUAGUUUUCCUCGUUUGAACACUCCAACCUCAAAUGGAGGCCUUUCUUCAGGGAUCCCAUCGUCACCGUCGUUAUCUUCCCCGCCUUCUUCAUCAUGUUCCCGACAGAAUAUACCCCGGCCGGAUGGGAAACCAUGAAUCCACGUACCGAUAUAAUUCCUACCGUC